CUUUGGCAGCUUUUUUUCCCUCAGCAGUGGGUGAUAAAUUUACCAUAACAAAAGUUAUAGCGGUGGCCAUGAAUAUUGGGGGAGUGGCCACUAUAACAAUCUCUGAUAUCCAGGAUACCAACUUUUCCCGAGGCGCUUUAUUGGCUUUGUUUAGUGCAUUUUUCUAUGCCGCCUAUUUGGUGUUUGUUAAAAGAAAAAGUGAUACAGAGGAAAAAAUUGACAUUCCCUUAUUUUUUGGUUUUGUAGGUUUAUGGAAUUUACUUUUAAUGUGGCCAAUAUUUUUCAUUUUAAAUUUUACCAAAAUAGAAAAAUUUGAAUUACCCAAUCAAAAUCAAUUUGCAAUAUUAUUUUUAAAUGGUUUAAUUGGUACCGUAGUAUCCGAAGCUCUAUGGUUAUGGGGCUGCUUUUUAACUUCCUCAUUAAUAGGCACCAUAGCCAUUUCCCUGCAAAUACCUUUAUCUAUACUAUUUGAUGUUUUACUCAAAAAGAAACCCUACUCACCGCUAUUUUAUAUAGGUUCAGUGCCCACUUUUAUGGCAUUAAUGCUUUUAGCUUUACUUAUGCGUAAUGAUGAUUCUGAUCCUCUAAUGCGUUUAUUUAAAGUUAUUUAUAGAAAAUUAUGCAAUUGUAAAAAGCCAAAUAUUGUCAGGUAAAUAAAUAA